GUCCAUGACUACGGACACAGCGCCUGUUUGCGAUACGAGAGAAAUACACAAUAUGGCGGCUUCCAUGGUUCGGUUUUUAAGAGGAUUGUAUGUCUUAUUUUUAUUAUGUCUCCUUUCUGCUUCGGCUUUUUUGAAUUUGGAGGAGUUAAAUGAGAUGAAAUAUGGGAUUCAGAUUCUUCCGGACCCCGUGAUUAGAGGGCAGGUGGCAGAUGUGAUGUUGGUGUCUAAUAAAUAUAAGCAGCUGUACGAGUGUCGGUUACCUGCGCAGGCGGUGAAGUUCCACCAAGACUCGAGUCCUGACUCGGACCCUCAGGGCUACAGUGGCCCGGCCGUCCCUGAGCUCCUGAAGCCCAUGCACUCUGCUCCCUGUCUCACAAAGACUAAAGACUGGUGGACGUAUGAGUUCUGCUACGGACAGCACAUCAGACAGUAUCACCAAGAAGAUUCAGAGAUUAAAGGUGCCGUGCUGUUUCUGGGUUAUUUUGAGUCCGAGUUUGACUGGACCAAUGAAACUGCAAAGGCCACUAAACAGCACAAGCUGAAGCGGUAUCACAGUCAGUCAUAUGUCAAUGGCUCCAAGUGUGACCUUAAUGGAAACCCACGAGAGUCUGAAGUCAGGUUUGUGUGUGAAGAGGGUUCGAGUGAUUAUAUCUCCCGUGUGGACGAGCCCCAGUCGUGUCACUAUGUCCUGACGGUUCACACGUCUCGCACGUGUCAGCACCCGCUCCUGUGCCCCCCCUCCUCCGCCAAGCCACAGGGCAUCGUGUGUCAGCCUGCACUCAGCGCUCAGCAGUACAUGGAUUAUGUUAAAGCACAAGUCUCCGACACAAAGCGGAAAGUGGAGCAGAUCUCAGAAGAGCUCAGGACGCUCGAUCACAUUCUAUCCAAAGAUGAAAGUGUGGAGAAAACAGGAAGUGAUGUAAUGGAUGAGGAGUCUGUACCGCCCACUGUUACGCCUGCUCUAGAGUUCAAAGAUGCUGCACAUGAGGAGGGGGAGGAGUCAGUGAGUGAGGAGGUGGAGGAUAAAGAUUUCUGGGAUGGAGUCACCAAACCACAGAGGACAGAAGCACCUGAGCUACAGGAGACUGACGGAGCGGCAGAUAACAAACCUGACGAUAACGACAUUUUUGGAGAAGGGAAGUUUAACUUUAAGAUCAUGACGGAUCCUGUAGACCUGAUGAAGUUCAUGCAGCAGCUCAGAGACAGUAACAGGAAGGGUCAAAAGGCUCAGGGGAGAAACAGGAGAGGCCAGGCUACCUCAGACGAGGAGGAAGAGGGAGGGCAGAAGAAAAAGGAAGACGAGGAGGACGGAGAUGAAGAUGAACGGUUGCUGAAGGAGUUUGAAGAGGAGAUGGGCGACCUCUCGGUACCCGCCUCCAAAAUCGUCCAGAUUAAAGAGGAGAUGCAGAAAGAAUUCGACAACAUCAUAGAAGAGGCACAGCAGGAGUUGGAGAACGAGGGUCUAAAAGGAGAGUUUGAUCGCUCUCAGGCCACUCAGACUUUAGAGAACACUCUCGGUAAACUGCUGGAUCAUCUGGAGGACAAAACCGAACAGGACGGCAAAUCACACACAGAUACACACACAGACACGGAAACGCACACACACAAAAACACACAUACUCCAGAUGAGAGGGGAAAAGAUGGCACCAGAGGUGACCCCAGCCUCGUCCCCAAGAUGCCAGACGAUGAGGUCGGUGAUGGCGGACAGGUAAAGAUCAGGGUGACAAAUUAUAAGGUGGGUGGAGACGAUGUGGCCGGUGGAGGUGAGGGGGGUGUGAGGGUGAGAGAGCUGGGCGAGAGCGACCCCCAGUGGCAGCACAUUCACCACCUGGUCAAAGAGCAGCUCGAGAAAGCAGGCAUCAAGGCCGAAGGAAAGAUAGAAGUGAAGAUUUUGACCCGUAAAUCAGUGGAGGAGGCAGGAGACCAGUGGCUGAGUGAGGAAGAUACCAAAUCUUUUAGAGAGCUACUCAUAAACCUGUUGACGGGGGGAACAGAGGAAGUGUAUAAAGAGCAGAAGCGACAGCAGGAGCUGGAGAACAACUAUAGGUUUGUUUGGGAAGAGAAACAGGACGAGAGUCAGACUGCAGGAACCGGAGAGUCCGACGAGCUCGAUUUCUGAAUCACAGGAGUGCGUGUGUGUGUGAGUGUUUGUGUGUGUGAGUGUUUGUGUGUGUGAGUGUUUGUGUGUGUGAGUGUUUGUGUGUGUGAGUGUUUGUGUGUGUGAGUGUGUGUGUGAGAGUGUGUGUGUGUGUGA